AAAGAGUCGAGUCGUUGGGAUGAAUCAAAAUGUUAACCACUACUGGCGUGGAUGGGGGUGGGAUUUCAACUUUCAAACACGACAGGCUAAUGCGCUCGUGUUUUGCUGUCUUUCGGAGUCUUUCUACUGUGUGUUAGUGCGAGUUUUUAUGUUCGUACUCAAGGAGUAGGGCCUAGUGUGAAGUUAUAAUUUUAGUUUUUCAACACAAGGACAUGCGGUGCUUUAAUCCCGGCAGUGCUCUCUGUCGCUGAUUCUUAAGACCUUAAGACCUAAAGAUUGCUAUGCAAUUUUAGAUGCUUAUAUAUUUGGCUGUUACUUAACGCGUAUUUUUUUAUUUGUAAAAUACUCCGGGCCUAUCUAUGCUGUUGUUUGAUGACUCGCUGUGUUCAUCUAAUGUGGAAUUAUAUCGUCAGACUCUUUGUCCACUAGGAAGUGAGCAAGACUCUUCCGUGUUGUAGCUUAUAUCUCAGCCAAAGGACGUGUAACUGGAAUUGAGAUAUAAUGGAUGCUCUGGACUCCAAAGCUGAACGUAUUGCCCGCUACAAGGCAGAGAGAAGACGGGAGUUGGCUGAAAGGUAUGCCGACUUGGAGGAAAGUUCAUCCCUAUAUACACGGAGGGAAAAAAAUAGGGAAACCACAGGCACCUCUGAGCUGAAGAAGACCGAGGUUUCCUCUCUACUAAGUCAGUGCGAUAAAGAUAUCAGUGCUCUGAGCAGGCAAGGAGAGGCAAAAACAGAUGCCACACCAUUCGUUAGCCACAGUGACGAGAAAAACCAAGUAACAUGUUCACGCCAACAUCACAGUCUGCUGGAAGCAGAAGAAGCCCAGAUUGCACAGGACGACAGGAAAGCAGAUUAUGACGCCAAAACCGGUAUGCCUGCCAAGACGUCUCUUUUUAAAGGGUUGGAGAAGACCAACAUCUCCACAAAUCCAAAGAACCAAGCUGAAGACACUACUCACAAAACAAAGCCACAAAGAGAGCAUAUAAGUGGGAAGAGGACAGUUUCCACCAGCCAUUCCUCAUCAGAUGAAGGUGAGAAAAGUUCUGAUGAAAGAAAAGAUCUCGGAGAGGGUGAGGAGAAGAUAUUGUGCUUUCAGUCUUUCACUGCAGGAGAGAAGGAUGUGAGAAUGAAGAAAGAUGAGAAUGUGAUAGAAAACACGGUUGCACAGAAUGAGCAGAAAGUGAGAAAAAGGCAGUGUUUUGAGGGCACAGAGGAUCCAAAAGCCGCCACACCAGUUCUGCAGAGACAGGACUCAGGUCAGCGGAGCAUCAAAGGCAUCCUGAAGAAAAGCCACUCAACUAGUCUGGACACAGAACCCACUGAGCUGGAGCAGAUCACAACUCCUGCCAUCAUAACCUGCAAGGAGCUGACUGUUGUUGAUGGAAAGAACGACAAGAAUGAGGAGGUUGAGUAUGAUGAUGAGGAUAGGGAAAACAAGAAGCUUCAGAGAGAGGAAAGCAGCUCGAGUGAGACUCCUCGCACUCCUUCCCCAGAUUCUGUGGACGAAACUCCCUCCAUCUCCCAAUCUGUAGAAGGGGAGGAGCUAGACAGCAGCCUGGACGGGAGCAUGAGCUCCUCCCUAAAAGAGAGGCUGGCCGAGUUGGAGAGUAGUGAUGAUGACAGGAGGGGCAAGCUGAAGAAUAAACUCACCAGUGUGGUCCAGUCAUCUCUGGUUGACCGUUGCGUCCAGCUGCAGGAAAGUGAGAAUGCCUGGAGGAAGAAGAAGUCUUCUGCAGAUGUAGAACCAAAGAUGUCCUUGGCUGAGCGGAUGAAGGUCUUGCAGGAAAAGGAGGAACAAUGGAAAGCUAAAGGCAAAGGAGCUUAUAAUGACUCCACCCAGUUCUCUGUGGCUGGACGAAUGGCUAAGAGAGGCUUAGUGUCACCUAACAGGGAGGAUGUUCCCAUUAUCCUCAGCAAGAAGGCCAGCAACAGUACACCAGUCAAACCAUUAGAAGAAAUCUCCACUCGUCCUGAUGCUGAAGGAGAUAAAAGACUAGACAAACUGGAGUCCUUUUUGGACAGACUUCACAGUAAAGGAGUUGCGGGCACAAAGAACUCCACCAUUGAGGUGAUGGAGGAAAAGGAGAAGGAGGUGAUGACUCUGGACGAUGAGGAGACUUUUGGGCGGUUCUACAAUUGCUUAUCACCCACUGCUCUGAGCACCAGUGUCCUGCUGGUCGAAGAAGAGGACUUCAGCAUCAUCAAGUCAGACACACCCAAACUGACAUCAGCAGUUGAGGAACACAAGCGUUCUGUGCGACCCUGCAGGAGAACCAAGAGCUCGAGAAACCCUCUCCGUGCCCUGGCAGCACGAGAUGACCUCAAACAGGCUUACACUGAGCAGAGACUCAAUGUGGCCUCCGUGGAGACCAAAAGGAUACAAAUGGAGCGGAUGGCCAAGCACUCAAAUUUGGCAGACGCUGCUCUGGCAGGUCUGGCCAGCAAGGAAAACUUCAAGAAAGUCAAUCUGCGGAGCGUGAAGUCCACUGAGGUGGUGACCAACAACAGCGCUGUACCUUUCCACAAGCUUAUGCUCAUCCACAUUAAAGGGCGGAGGCAUAUUCAGGUGCGUCUGGUUGAACCCACAGCCCGCUCUCUAAACAGUGGUGACUGCUAUCUUCUUAUCACUCCCAAAUACUGCUUCUUCUGGAGUGGAGAAUUUGCCAAUGUAAUCGAAAAAGCCAAGGGCUCAGAGAUGGCUCAGUACGUCCAGACAAAGAGAGAUCUGGGUUGCAAAGCUCCCCAGGUCACUGUGCUGGAGGAGGGAAUCAACACAGACAACCGUUCAGCCAAAGAGUUCUGGAGUCUGCUGGGAGGAAAGGUUGAUUACAGAGGUGCAGGGGAGCCGGAGGAAGAUGAACUGUAUGAAAGUGCUGUAGUGGAGUCAAACUGUGUCUACAGGCUUGUGGAAGAUAAGCUGAUUCCUUAUGAGGAGGCCUGUGCGUCCAUCCCUACUGUGUCUCUCCUUAACUCUAAAGAGGUGCUUGUGUUUGACUUCGGUAGCGAGGUGUAUGUCUGGACAGGAAAGGAUGUUCCUUUGAGUGACAGGAAGGUGGCAGUACAGCUGGGCAAACAGAUCUGGAGUGGAACAUAUGACUACAGCACUUGCAGGGUCAACCCUCUUGACCCCUCCUCAGCUAAUAAAGACACCCCUAAAAAAGGUGAGGGCAGGCCGAGCUGGGCCCUGUUUGGCCGGCUAUCAGAACACAAUGAAACUGCUCUGUUCAAAGAGAAGUUUUUAGACUGGGCAGAGAGGAAGCCCCCCAAGGAUGAACCAGUGGUGGAGGAAGUGAAGAGUCCAGUCAGUCAGCUCCUUCCCACCAGUGACUCAGAGCUGAAGCCGUGUGAUGUUAUAGAGAUGUUGGCAGGAGCCCCAGGCCCUGUGAAGAUGGUGCUGGAGGGUGUGGAUGUGCAGAGAGGUUAUGGAUUGGUCAUGUCUGAGGAUGGGCGGCAGGCUGAGCUGGCCACUUUAGCUGUGGAUGCAUGGCACAUACGUGAGUUUGAUGACUUCGAGAUACCGCCAGAGAGCGUGGGUCAACUGCAUGAAGGGGAUACCUAUGUCAUUCGCUGGAAAUACUCUGUCACUAAUGUUGUGGGUAAGAGACAAAAGCCUGGUGAAAUGAGUACAGCUGGCCCAGGCAGGGAACGCACAGCAUGUUUCUUUUGGCAGGGACAUCACUCUAGUGUCAGUGGGCGUGGCACAUCUGCCCUUAUGACGGUAGAGCUGGGCAACCACAGGGGGGCGCAAGUGCUGGUCACACAGGGAAAAGAACCACCCUGCUUCCUCCAACUCUUCCAGGGAGGGCUAGUCAUCCACCGGGGCUCCAGGGAUGAUAGCUCCAAAAACACGGGAGACUGGCGUUUAUUCUGUGUGCGUGGAGAGACAGAGAUGGAAGGCUUGCUGGUUGAAGUAGAGUGCUGUUGUGCCAGUCUGCGCUCUCGAGCUAGUUUGCUACUGCUGGGGGUACAGAAGGGACAGCUCUACCUGUGGCACGGCUGUAAGUCUCAUCCAGGUGCCCGAAAAGUGGGCAAGAGGACAGUGGAGCGCCUCACUCAAACUUGUCCUUGUGAGCUGGGUUUGAACAGUAACAGCAGUUUGAAAGUGCAUGAAAUAGAGGAAGGAACUGAGCCCAAGGAAUUCUGGGAUGCUCUUGGCAAGCAGGACAGGAAAGCCUAUGACUGCAUGCUGCAAGAUCCAGGGAAGUAUAAUUUCACACCAUGUCUUUUCCGUCUGAGUGCCAGCGGUGGGACUUUUCAGGCAGAGGAACUGUUUGGGCCCGCCCAGGUGAUAGGAACUGUCAUGGCCAUGCCAUUCCUGCAGGAGAACUUGUAUUCAGCCCCUCAGCCUGCCCUGUUCUUGGUGGAUAACAGGAUGGAAGUGUACCUGUGGCAAGGACAGCAGCCAGAAGAUACAGAAUGUACUGGCUCGGCUAAGAUCCGCUGGGACAAUGAGAGGAAGUGUGCCAUGGAGACAACACUACAGUACUGCCAAGAGAAGAACUCCAGACGGCCUCCUCAGGCCUACCUAAUCCUGGCUGGUGCAGAGCCACUCACCUUUACCAACAUCUUCCCUUAUUGGGAGAAAGACCCAAAUAUUAAAGUGCAGGUUGAAGGAGCACGUAAUAAAGUGAUCAUGGUUAAAGACGCUCUGUCUAAACUCAGAAGGCAGCAGUACACAAUUGAGGAGCUCACAUCCAAACCUCUGCCAGAGGGAGUGGACCCUUUGCACCUUGAGUGCUACUUGUCAGAUAAAGACUUCGAGAUUGUUCUGGAGAUGACGAGGGAUGAAUUUAAUGCCCUCCCAAACUGGAAACAGCUGAAUCUGAAAAAGAGCAAAGGAUUCUUUUAAAUUAAAGAAACUUUGUCUGCAAUCGGUUGUAUAUUCACUUUAAGUAAUUACUAAGGAAUAAUGUGGCUUUUUUUGUGCUUUUUAAGCAAAUCUUUUUUUUUUUUUUUUGUAUGUUAAUGUAUGUACAUGUAUGUACAUUAACAAUAUGUACAGUUAAAUAUCUUAAAAAGAAGAACCCACCUAUGGCUGUAGCAGUUUCAUACAUCAGUAGCUUUUGGUUACAAGACUUUUCUACACAAUUUAAGUAUCUACACAUCUAGGCUUUUGAAAAAGGCAAAUGUUUAGGGAAUUGUGUGAAGCAUGUGGACAUAAAUCUAUUUUGCUAUGCACAAGCUUGACUUUUAAAUGUGUAUCAUUUUAUUUUACCCUGUUUAACCCUGUUGCUAUCAAACUGUGAUACUAAAAUGCAUUAAACACUAAGAGGGACGAUUCAUGUUAUCAGUCAAAAAAAAAAAAGAAAAAAAAGAGGCCUUUAGCUCAGCCAUGGAGCUCUGCAAGAUUCACAUUAAGUGAAUAGCUUUUUAAGCCAUAUCGUGCAAAUAUUAAAAGCACAAUGUAAUUUUUCGCCGCUAGAGGGCACAUAUUCAAAAUAAACAGACCAGGUAGUGUAGUUUGAUGAUGCCGUGACUGAGUGUGAAAUCAUGGGAGUUGUGGUCUUUAUCCCCACAGCCGAUGCAAUCAGGCGGGAUUUGGGCAAAAAUCAUGUUCAUAUAGAUGAGCUAAUGAUUUAUUAACGUAGUAGAAUGAAGCAGGGUGAGGCUGAAAAACGCAGAAGCGAAACGAUGCUGCUGAACGAGCGUGACACACGCAGAAAGAAGCAGAGCUUUUAUUGUGCCACAAUCGACCGCUUCUGCUCCUUCCGGUCAUGCGUUUGUGGGGGGGGGGAAGCAGCGCUGUUUUAUCAUACUAGAUACGUUUGAAAGUUUUGUUAUAAUGCUACUCUGUGCGGCCGUCAGUGAUCUAUUAAAACGCAAAACAUAUUAAGCGUCUUCGGUGUUUCCAUGUUUUCUACAAAACAAAUCAAGGGGUUAUGAUACCAUUGGCAGGCGACACAUUGACACUGGACAACGGUCCGUGUUACUAGAUAAAAUAGCCUAUUUCUCUGGAUUUAAACAUUCUUUGAAACAUUUGGGAUAAUGUAAGUGCACAAGUCAUCAAAAUGUAUAACACUGUUCUAGUGUUUUUUUUCCGUUUUUUUUUUUUUACAUUUGAAUAAAAACAAAUCUUACACAUUGUGACUUUAAGUGCUCUGCUGCCACAAGAAUGAGUAUGACUAAUGUAUUGUGUGGUGAUACAGUCAGCAUUACAGAUAACGAAUUAAUAUGAAUGUGUAUAACUGUAUGUGGAUUCUCAAAGGUAUGAAUGUGUAUUGUUUGUCCAAUACCAGAAUUAUUGUGCCACCAAAACAUACUACAACAGCUCUUGGUUGACAAUAAAUGCUAUUCAAGUUCA